CAUGUUGCUUAAAGUAACCGGCAAUAAUUAUAUAGUUGAUCACUACAAUAUUCCCAAAGGAAUCAAACCAGCUUUCUAAAACCAUUGAAAUUAUCAAAACUUUUUUCCAAAAUUUAUAGUCAAAACUCUUCCUUUCAACAAUUCUCAUCUCUUAAUUUUGUUGAUCCACUUGUGGGAUCAAUGAUGAAUUCCUCAGCAAACAAGUCCAUGCCAGCAUCUGGAAUGAACACAGUGGUUCCUAAUACAAGUCAGCUUACCAUAUUCUAUAAUGGGAGUAUUUGUAUCUAUGAUGGAAUACCUGCAGAAAAGGUGCAGGAAAUAAUGCUCAUGGCUGCUGCUGCGGCCAAGUCUACUGAAACGAAGAAGAUUGUGAAACAAUCUCCCGUCCCUUCACCUGCUCCAACUAGGCCUUCUUCUCCACAUGGAACCACUGAUAAUAUUGCUUCACAGCAGGGACUCUGCUAUCCUGCACAGAAGAGUUCCAUCUGCAGGCUGCAAGAAUUUCCAAUAGCACGCAGACAUUCACUUCAAAUGUUUCUUCAGAAGCGGCGAGACAGGUUGGGUAGUAAAGCACCUUAUCCUUCCUCCCCAACAACAAAGGUGGCUGACAACAUAGAGAACAACUUCUGUUCUGAGAAUUCCCCAGAUUCGGUUUCAAUGAAGGGACCAAAGGAGGAAUUGCUGCCAACUAUAUCUACCUCUUAAGCAGAAUUCUAGUGUUGUUGUUUAUACUUUAUAUGUUUAUGUUCUGUCUGUGGGAGAUAAUGUGCAUUAUGCAUGUAGAACUACAGAAACUAAUAUAACUGUUAUUAUUAUGUUCUGAAAACAUAACUACUGAACCUGAAAUUGUAACAAGUGUGACUUGGAAGUUGCAUGUCUCUGGUCAUGUCUAGAAAGAAAGCUUUGUGCUUAGAUCACUCAUUAUAAAUCGUAUUUACCUGUAUCUGACUGUGUAAACAACUAAUUAAUAAGUAUAUGUUGUGUUGAUGUUCAAAA